AUGUUGGUGCUUGUCCAAGUGCUACUCCUGCUUUUAGCAUCCGUUUCUGAAGGAUCACAAAACGCAUCGUUCUCAGGAGCACAAGGGAUCAUUUAUUCCCCUGGCUAUCCCGACAACUAUGCUAAUCAACUCGAUCAGUUCUACACUAUUACGGUGAAUCCCGGUUACUACAUACACUUAACAUUGUAUGAUUUUAAAACUGAAGCAUGCUGUGACAAGUUGUACAUCUGGAAUGGACUUGAUACCAGUCGACCUACUAUCGCAAACAUCUCUGGAGAUGCCACAGGCCAAACCUUCAGUUCGUCGGGAUCGGUUCUGACAAUGCUCUUCAACACCGACAUUACCGGUCAAGAUCGCGGUUUCGCAAUCCAAUACGAAAUGGUCCCAAUGAACACUCAGUACACAGAGCCAAAUACAUGCGAGUCGGUCUUGCAUCUUUCAAGUACGGGAUUUGUAACGUCGCCCAACUGGCCCGGUAACUAUCCAAAUGAUGUGACUUGCAACUAUGUGAUGACAAUGAAACAAGGAAGCAGGGUGAUGCUCACCUUCACCGACUUUGCAACCGAGGAUUGUUGUGAUAAAGUGGAAAUCUAUGAUGGCCCAAAUGCUUCAUACCCGAAACUGGCUGAGCUCUCGGGUAACGCACUGCAGACGAACACAUUCUAUUCGACACAGGAAAGCAUGUUUUUGACUUUCUACUCGGACUACACACAGAACGACAAGGGCUUCAGCGCCUAUUACAAGGAAAUUGGUAGUGUGCUGAAACAUUAG